UGAAAUAAGAUAAUACUAGUUAAUGGUAUUUAUCCCUGUAUACUUCUACACGGUGAUGGAACUACAACUGUGAAUGUUUUUGAGGCAGGACACGUCAUAACACUUCAAUCAGGACAGCAGGAAAACCAUAUUUAUGUUGUUUAAGUGGUAUGGUAUGAUAAACCGUGCCUAACAUGGAUAGUGAUGUGAACUCACAAGGUCACGAGGUCAAAAAUGAAAUAAAUAAAUAAAUAUAUAAAUGAACAGACGUGCUGCCAGAAGGUCACCAUGCCAAAUGAGUUGACUAGAGGGGUAUACAUUGUGAGCCUGUCCAGUGGUGGUGAGUUCUAAGACAACAGAACUCUUGCACACAAACCAACAGCUAUAUAAUCACACAAUACGUAAGGUUAUCGUAAUGUAAGGCUAUUGAGAGUUAACACUAAACAGACAAAUUCAAUUAACAGGCCUCUAAAGACCGUCUACGCCUUUUCUUACAAACCAAAAUCCUGCCAACUAAAUACUUACUAUUUGGCGUCUUAAUUUACAGCAUAGAAAAAGUCAGAAUAGCCUCACACAGAGUCAGCAGCACAUUCAGGCCUCGCACAGCUGCCUAAGCCAAUUUAAGAUACAAGAUACAAAGAUACAAUCAAUGCUUAAAUCAGUCACGGAAAACUGCAGCCAGUUCCCAGGCACUGGAUCACAUGAUGACAAUGAAAGAGCAGACUAACAGCCCUACAGUUAGUCACAUGAGGUUUUUAUAUCUCCCCAACCAAUUUGGCUUCUAACAGCUUACAUGUUUGAGUGGAAUAAUAAUACUUAAGCAAACUUUACUGGAAACUUGAUUACAGAGUGCUCCAAAAAGGGCAAAUAGCCUGUAUUGCAUUAAACUGUUAGGCUACAAUUGAGAUGACCUUGAGGAUUUCCUAACGUAUAAAUGAUAAGGUUCAGAUCCACAGCUCAUGGCUUCAAAGGAUCACAGCCUGUAUGGUACUGAAAAAAAAAAAACAUGUUACUGGAAGUAUGCAGUAAUAGGAAUAUUCAUUCUUUAUCAAUAACACUGGAGCACAUCAGUUAUAAAAUAAUUCUGCCUGGAUAUGUUCCAGCUUAGUGUUUCACUCUUCAAGAGGUUCAUCUAUACUUUGCAUUGAUGCAGUGAUAAAACAAUGUAGUAGAUUGUUCGUGGAUUGUGAAUGUUAGUAACUAGUGAGCCCAGCUUAGCUUUACUAAGUUCUAGACUUGUUCUCUAAAGUAGCUUGUGGUAGGGGAGAAGAAUGCCAGUGUGACAGCCUGGCCAAUGACACAGUGAGCCUCUAUCAGGAGAAGGGAAAUUGAAUUCCUUAAUUGGAAUCACUGGGUCCGUAUUACAGCCCUCUUCUUGUUUGUUCACCGCAAGAAAACUUAUUGCACAGAGUUUCUUUCAGCACACCAUACGCUUCUGUGAGUCGCUUCUGAUCUGAGGAUGGCACAAUUACUCGAUUACCCCAUUCCAGAGUUGGACACCACCAUAAAAGAAGCCGGCCGUGUGCUUCAGCUCAUUCUGAGCCCUGAGGAGUACGUCCAGUAUAAAAAUGCCCUCUCCCAGCAGAGAGAGGCACUUCAGGAGGCCCAGGAGAAGCUGCAAGCCAGCGCCAGUGGCAAUGAGAACUGGGUGACCGAGCAGUUCAAAAAGCGACUCCUCUCCUGCUGUGACCCUCUGCCCACCUCUACAGCCAUCCCCUCUGUCUUGCCUCCAUCCAAGUCCAAGGGAGAGAGUGCACAGCUAGAGAGGGCUUCAACUCUGCUAUGGGCUGCAGCCAAGCUGUACAGUGAGCCUUGGCUUAUUGAGGGUGAUGUACCAACAGAGCGCACUCAACAGUCGGAGGUCUUUGCUUCCAGCCGCCUACCAGGAGAGAACCAGGAUCAAUUAAAAGUGUAUCCAGAAAGCCUCCAUGCCAUUGUGACCUGCAAAGGAGGUAUAUUUCCCAUUCAAAUACUAAGGAACCCAGGAGCAGAGGGCACAGUCACCGCCUUACCCCUACUUGAUAUCUACACCCAGCUAGCUCAUGUGUAUAGUCUGCCAGCUGCAGAAGCUGUGCAGGAUCCAUCCACAGUCUGUGGAUUAUCUGUUCUCCAUCGCCAAACUUGGCAUGCCAUCAGAAAAGAGAUACUGAAGGGUGGCGGUGAGGCAGCAGAAUCUCUUGAAGUGAUAGAGAGUGCCAUUAUGGCUGUUUCACUGGAAGACUGCCCUGCACCAACCAAUCUGGCUGAUAUUCUUAAUGCUGUCCGUUUGGGAGGGGCUGACGGACAGUGCCUGAGGUACUAUGACAAGGUGGUAAACAUGGUGGUGUUCAAAGACAGCGUCGCUGGCAUGGUGUUUGAACAUAGUGCCCUGGAUGGCAUGGUGGCUGGCCUUGUAGUUGAAAGAAUGUGGCACCUUUCAGAGUCCCAAAACAUAGAGCAUAUGAAAACUCAGACACUGAUAAAUGGGUCAGAUGUUGCGUCCUCACACCCAAAAGCUCUAAAAUUUCCGCUAGGAGGUAUAAACGUGCCAAGUCAACCUCUUAAUAGCUAUCUACAAGUGAGUAACCCUGUCAUCACAUUUGAGGUUUCAUCUUUUCCAGACGUUUUCACCACCCUAAGGGGUCACAGGGGUUUAUAUGAUGCAUGGAUCAAUUUCACUCUGCAGCUCUCUCUUAAGCAAAUCCUUGGAGAAACAGCUGCCAGCUACAUCAUGGUGACUCCCACUCAUAUGCGACACUACAAACAUGGGCGCUGUGAUCCAACUUAUUCGAUCACAAUGCAGUCUCGUAAACUUGUAACAGCCUUGGAAUCCUGCGUUGGGCCAGACAAUGUUCCCCGGUACACCAAGGAGCUCUUCUGCCAGUUCCACCUGGCAUUCCUGGAGCACAAAAAUCUUAUCAAAAUGACAAAAAAUGGUCAUGGUGUAGGGCCUCAUUUAGCUGUCUUACGCAGGAGUAUGUCUCAAGACAACCCACUCAAAAAAUAUCUGGAUCUUUUUGGAUGCCCAUCCAUCUACCUCACUGGCUCAGAUCUAAUGGAAGGUGUGGAGUGUGCUGUGGGCAAUGUGUAUGCUACUAAUCAGCUAGCUGUCACCUACCUGGGAAAGAAGGACAAGGUCCGUCUAGUGCUGAAUGGAAAAGGUACCUUUUCCAGCAUCUUAGGAAAACUUGCAAUGUGUCUUGAACUAAACCUUAAGCUGGUGAUGCUUCUAGCAGUAAGGUAUGCAAUUGCAGGGCAGAUGGGAGCCAUUGAGUGCCUCUUGCAAAAAGAAGAACAAUCAAUCAAUAGCACUACAGUGGACACCAAAGUUGUAGAUCCAAAAGGAGGAAAGAAAGUCAAGCAAAAAGGAUGCUUGGAUUCUUCAGCUGCAGAAAAGUCAUCUUUCACCUUAGUCAUUCAUGGUGGAGCUGGGGUGGAAAUGAUACUGAGCCAUAAGGUGGUAGAGGUCAUUGAAUUUGCCCUUGAAACAGCACUAACUCUGGGAGCACAAGUGCUCAGCCAUGGAGGCAGCAGUCUGGAUGCUGUACAGAGAAGUGUAUCUGCCUUAGAAGACUGUUUCCUAUUCAAUGCAGGAAAGGGAUCUGUAUACAACCGAAGUGGUGAACACGAGAUGGAGGCCACCAUUGUCGAUGGACAUGAAAAGAAUUCUGGAUCAGUAGCUUGCGUGCGUUGUGUGAAAAACCCAGUCAAAGCAGCCCGCCAUGUGAUGGAAAAAAGUGUACACUCAUUACUGACAGGAGAUGGAGCUGAGGAAUUUCUAGAGACUCUCCAGGAAAGAGAAAAACCAGUGACACCAGAGUACUUUCACACUGAUGUCAGAUACAAGGAGCUUGCUAUAAAACUAAACAGCAGUAAAAACAACCAUCCUCAAACUGUAGGUGCAGUUGCUCUGGAUUGCUGGGGAAAACUAGCAGCAGCCACAUCAACUGGGGGGUUAGUAGGCAAGUGGAAAGGAAGAGUUGGUGACACAGCAAUUGUUGGAGCUGGAAUAUAUGCUGACAAGAAACUUGCCGUGACAUGCUCAGGAGAUGGCGAUGCAUUCUUACGUGAAACAGUUGCUCAUAAAGUGGCUAGUCUAUACAACCUCAAAGGCUACACUUUAGCACAGGCCUGUCGAGAAGUGAUUUAUGAGGAUUUAGGGGCAAAUUGUGCUGGAAUCAUUGCAGUUGACCAUAAAGGUGAAGCUGCAGUCGAAACUAAUGCUGGAGUGAUGUUUGUUGCUUCCAUGGUUGAUGGGGUUGCUCGAGCUGAAGUCUAUAGACCUGUUAUGAGCUUUGCAAAUGUGAUCUGGGAAACUGAUGAAUUAAUAGCGCACUUGCAUCCUGAACCCUGGACUCCAGGAACUACAAUUCUCACUCGAAAGGCUUUAAAUGGACCAAAUAGCAUCUUUCAGUUACCGAUGCCUGAUUAUAUGGCAAUGUUACUUGGGGCACAAACAGUUGCUAAUUUGCUUUGUGAGAAACUUGGUGUGUACCGCUGUGCCCUCGUGUCCAUGCCCAAGCCCGACAAACCUGCUCAUAUUAAAAUCUUGCCUAUCCAUGGGCUUGAACCCAACUGGAAGCCUCAUCUUGCUGAGGAAGAACAAUUCCACAUACAUGAUCCUGGUUACUGCAGUUCCAAGAGUGGCCCACGCUGUGAGGAUGCGUACCUCGACCAGGUCCAGUCAAAGAUAAGGGCUUGCCUCCCAACACCCAAUGCUCCAUCCAGCUAUGAUUUUUAUGGAGAUCCAUCAAAUGAUGGCCUUUUUUCACGCAUUGUAAGAGGAGAGGAGCAACAGUGGCGUGUGUGGGAAGACACUGAACAUGUAGCCUUUUUGACCCCCUUCCCUAAUACACCUGGCCUUACAGUUUUGGUGCCAAGAAGGCCACUAACAAGUGAUAUCUUCCGUCUAGACAGGAGUGACUACACAGCACUGAUCUUGGCAACACAGAAGAUGGCUCAGCUUCUACAAGAAGGUAUGGGUGCUCACGGAGUGGCUCUAAUAUUUGAGGGCUUUGAAAUUGACUAUGCCCACGCCAAGCUGAUUCCACUUGUCACAAAGCCUGGAGAUAUGCUGCCUGCAGUGCCCCUUGAGUUCUGUCCAACCUACCCUGGAUAUGUAACUUCAGCAGAUGGUCCUCCAGCAUCUGCAGAGGCUCUGAAAGACAUUCACACCAAGAUCACAAGGACCACACCACCUCGCACCUGGGAACAACCCCAAAGCCACUCCACAUUAGCCAUCAAGAGCCAGUGGUACCGCAAUCUCUUUCAGAUCCAAAAUACCCUGUUCCACAGCACAGUUGAGUACUUUAGUAACAAAUGCAGGUAUGCAUAUGCUCUUACACCCAUCACAACUGAUACCAUUUCAUCACCAAUGGGCCUGGGGUCAGACUCAGAGCCUGUGUUUGUCAAUAUGCUAGGCCAAGAUGUGUACUUGGCAGACUCAAUGCAGUUUGUGCUGGAAUAUUUCUUGCGUUUCCAGGAAGGACUUCCAGGGACAUACUAUUUGUCUCCCAGUUUCAGAGGAGAGGAUCCUGAUUCUACUCAUCUGAAUCAGUUCUACCAUAUAGAGUGUGAGCUACUUGGUGACAUGGAUGAGGCUAUCAAUAUAGCAGAAAGUUUUGUGGCUCACUUGACUCAGGCAAUGUUAAGAAACCACUCUAAGAUCAUUGAGAGUUCAGCAGGAACACUGUCCCAUGUACAAGCCAUGCUAAAGCAGCUGGAGGAACCACUUCCGAGAGUGACUCUGGACCAGGCCAUUACAGUGUUGCCCUCUGCUGACUGUCUUGAAUGGGUACAAGAGGGGCAGCCACAGUUUGGAAGAAAGCUAACCCGCAAAGGAGAAAGAGUUCUGAUUGAAAAAUAUGGUGGUGCUGUUUGGUUGACUGAAAUGGAUCACCUUGGUGUGCCUUUCUACCAAGCUUACGUUGAAGGCUCUGGCAGAAAGAAAGCAAAGGCAGCUGAUCUGCUCUUGGGGUUGGGGGAGACAGUGGGGCUUGGGGAAAGACACUCUACCCCUGAGAUGGUACAAGAGGCCUUAAGACACCAUGCUGUACCAGAAGAGUCAUACAAAUGGUACAUGAACAUGAGGCAAAUCAUACCUCUGUCUACAAGUGGAUGGGGUAUGGGCACAGAAAGAUACCUCUGUUGGCUGCUACAGCACAAUGAUGUGAGAGAUAUGCAGAUCAUUCCCAGGUUGAAGGCAAAAAAAUACAUGCCUUAAAUUACAGACUUUCAUCAAAGCAACUUAUGAGUUUUGAAAACUUGAGACCAUCUUGACAGCCAAAGGCAACAUUAGGGGGAAAAAUAAAACAUUCUGAGGAUCAUGUUUUAAACUUAUGAUUCAGGAAAUUUAUGUUUAUGAUCUUGAUUAUGAUUGUUUUUUUUCUUUACUGAAAGGGUUUUACUGACUAUUCCAUACAGUAAUAUUCAGAUAAGUAGAAAUGAUGAGAACAUGGAAUGUAUUUUAGACUUCAAAAUAUUGCAGUUGUCUACCAAAUCAUGACAUACUGGUUUUCUUGUUUCUUAAGCAUUAAUAUGUUGUUUUCUGCUACCUUUCUAUAAGUAUACUGCAUGUCAUUUUAAAGUCUGAUCAGCAAAUAAGACAAUGCAGCAUUUUUCUGUAUCCUGGGUUUUCACAAGUAAAUCAGCUGACAGAUGUAUUAACAUUUCUGAUUUUAUAUACACAUUUCAUAUAUACAUAUACUUAUUUCAUGGCAAGUUUCUUCUGCUUGACCUUUUGUUUUUUUUCAUAUCCAUUCUUUGAAUAACGGAAAAUAAAGACUACAAUAAAAACUACACAUG